AGGCUCGCGAUAGGGCGGCCCACGCCAACCGCCCCCCGGCUGGCGUCUGGAGGCACGUCGUCUACUGCAUGCCAGCCGCUGUACCCAAGCCGAUUCCCUGCCCGCCCUGUGCAAACACAAGUCUGUGCGAGCCAUUUUUAUCCCCUCCACACCCGCGCCCCAAAAGACACGCCGUGUGCUGUUGCUUCUCCCAGCCGACUGCGCUGUUCCUACGUCGAAUUAUUCCUGCCUCUCCGCUCCAGUGCAUAACGCUGGCCCGCCGUCUCCCCCGGCUGCGCCCGCUUAGUGUUGCACCAGCCUCUAACCCGCCCAGGCUGCCCGCAGCCCUCGACGCUUCGUGUAGCGGACUUCCUACAAGACCCUGCCACCUCACACUCCUACAAUCUAUCUGCCCCUCCCACCGACACCACACGGACGCCCACACGCGACCAUGACCACCGUUGUCGCCAAUCCCCCGGCCCCUGCCCAGCAUGCGGCACCAGCGCCCACUGACGGGGUCGGCUCGUCGAGGACAUAUGCUCCCAUCGCGCCCUCGACUCUCUCUCCCCACCAAGUGACGCCCAAGUCUCGCUCUCAACUGCCACCUCAGGAUGCUUCACCUACCUCCUCCAGUCCAGGUGCACAGCACAGAGCCGAGACCAAGCCCUCACCUUUUUCUCUUUCUUCCCGAUCUUCUUCCUCGUCAUGCCGUCCUCCUUCGGCCUCCUCUCCCACCUCCACCUCCAUGUCCCCUCCCCACAGAGACAUCAUGUCCCUCAUGUCUAACCGUCCCUCCUCUCGCAGGUCCCGCGGCCCAGCACCCAAGAUCGUCGUCAAGAAGGAGCCUACGUCGCCAGACAUGCCUGCCACCACCCGGCACCGCCCCCAACGCCUUAACCUAGCCAACCACAACAUCGUUCACUCCUCCGGUGCCCUCACUGCACGACCCUCGGGCCAGGGCAGCGCCAACCUGCACGAUGUCGGCAUGGCCUGCCUCUCACCCGGCUUCCACACUCAGGACCCUGGCAUGCGCGAGCAACUGCAAAGGAGCUUGGAUGUAAGAGAACGUCAAAGGCAAAUCAUCGAAGCGCGCCAGAAGGGCGGCAAGGGCGGACCACCCCAGAUGGAAGACACCAGGAACACCGAGAUUGGUGCCUUUGGACGAACAAUCAAGACUCCUUCCACCUCCCGCCGGAAGGGCCCACCACCGGGUCUCUCCAUCGCGCCUCCCUCGCAUGAGACAUUCUCGAGCGACCGUGUAAUCCAGUCGGCGCCGAUAAACCAAACCUUCACGGGUCUUCGCGGCAACGCACCCCCUUCGCGACAACUGGCCAAUGGCCCGUCCAACCUGUCGCAAUCAUCACACAUCCACCACGUCCCCGCACAGCAGACCAACAACCGGUUACCGCCCAUUUCGGACGUCUUCCCAGAGCCCCUCGGAACAGCGCGAAACCCCUACCACCAAGGCAGCCCCGGACACUCAUCGCAUUCCAACGUGCAGCCCCCAAUGCCCUCACCGAGCUUUCCGCCCCCACAAUUCACACAGCCGCCCCCAACCUCAAGGCCCCGCGAGUACAAGUCCGCAGAGGAGGCUGUUCAACAACUAUCCGGGGGCCGCGAAGAUCUCCUGCCCCGUCUAGUCCACUACGGCGGCCACCAGCCCCCAACACCCCCGUCACCAAUGCCCAAGAACGGACAAUCAGCCUAUCCAUCGCGGCCUGAUCUGCACCGCAGCGGCAGCUCACGGAGACGCGGCCGCGACGAAUACGAACAAGACAACGGUACCCCGCCGCUGGGUCGCCAACAACCUCGUCUCGGACCCUUCGGAGCCGGACGGGACUCACCAGAAACGCAACUGAAGAAGAAGGAAGAAUUCAUUGGACUGUGUGCAAGAGCUUGGGAUCUAUUUCACUCAUGA